UGAGCAAUGAUUAUACGUCCAUGUGCUCAGUUUUCGCUUAUUACCAAGUCUUACAACUUGGAGAUCAAUGGCAGAGAAGACGAAGACAAGAACCACACGACCCACACGAAUUAAACAAGGGGUCAAUCAACAAGAUGACUAUAUUUACGACAGUGCUGAACAGAGUGGUUCGAAUUGCUUGACGACUGUCAAUAUAAAGUUCGAUGCAGACAAUGUGAAAAGGGUGGUCACGGAGCCGUGGAGGCUGACAGAUAAGCAUGGAAACAUGGUUGCAUUCGACGAAGUUCGUCCACAAUGCAGGCUUUUCUGCUUUUACUCUCCGGACAAGACAUCGUACGCUUGCCGUGUGACAUCAGUCGUUACAAAAGGCACACUGAAAGGUGCACAACAAGGAGGCUCCAAACGGAAACUAGAAUAUGAUGAAACAGAGUCUCUUGUCAGAGAAGUCAAGAAAUGUAGAAAUGCUUCUCAAGCAAAGAAGGCAUCAUCAUCAUUACAACGAAGCAUGUCAAUAUCAGAUGAUAUAUCUUCUGACACAGACGAAUUAAACGUUGACUCGGAUGGAGGCAAUUGUGAGCAGUUAUUGUCAAUUCAGAAACCAGAGAAGUGUGUUGUAUCACCUAGUGGCAAGGAUCUUUUUCAAAAAGACAUACAAUGCAUAAAAAGCAGUUUACAACAAGUUCAAAACACUCUCCUGCUAGUGAAUGCUGCUCAGGCAGAGUUGAAAUCAACUGUUGACACAUUGACUUCUCAGUCGGAUACCAGCACAGUUAUGAUAGAGGAUAUACACAAAAUAUUGCUUAAGUACAAGCAGAUGAAGGUUCCUGUCAAAGUUGAGAAGACUGAUCUUCCACCUCACCAAGGUCAACAUACUCAAACAAGGAGCACAUCAUCAGUGGAAGAGCUUGACAGGUCUGUUGUUAUGUUGGAAUCACCGGCUGCUCCAUUUCCUAUACAAGAUGCUUCAUCAAGUGAAGUUGCGUUUGUUGGAGACAGAAGACUGAAUGUGAUGGUUCCUUUUCUGUGCUUAAACAAAGCUGAGGCUGCACUUAACAGAACAGAGUUAGCAAGGAACCUGCUAGACACUCUGUUUUCUAAGAAGGAGCAGGCUUCCAGCAGCAUAACAGGGAAAGGACAAGAAAAGCGACAGCUGGAUGUGAAGAAAAUGGAAGCUUUAAGAAGUCACUGUAUGCUGAGAUUUCCUUUGGGUCCAGAUGAAAACCUAAAGGUCGUUUUGAACAAGGUGAACAAAGUGCUUGGAGACAAGUGCCGAUUUCAGUCUAAGAAGUGACUGGUGUAGUUUAUGUGAGACUUGUUGCAGUGUAGUACUGUAUAGUAGAGAUCGAUAUUCUGAAUUGAUGUGGCAUUGAUAU